UGUGUGGAAAAUCGAUAUAGUGGCCCUUUAAACCGGCAGCCAUGUUUUGAUAAUCAAUUGAUGGACUUGUUGAGGUUGCGAAAAACUGAGCGUUGUUGCUCCUCUUGUGAUGAUGAAGAUGUCGGGAGGAAGAUAAUGGGGUGGCGGUCCGAAUUUCUGUUUCUGCAUCCAUCCUCUAGUAUUAUGUUUUAUCCGACUUCUGACGGCUGCAGUUGUGGUUUAACGUACAGAAAAGGAGGGAAACGCUCAGCGCCCGGAAAUAAAUAAUUAUAUCGACGGUAUUUGCAAGAGGCAGCAGCGUCUGGGUGGAGAUGGCGUUCAUGUCCCGUUUCUCCAGGUCUAGGAGCAGCUCAAGGAGUCCGAACAGGAAAGACUCGGAGCGCGUCUCGCCGAUCCUGUCCGUGUCCGAACUGGAGCGGCUACUGUACACGGGGAAAACCGCCUGUAACCACGCGGAUCAAGUGUGGCCGCGGCUCUACAUUGGCGACCAGGACAUUGCGUCGGACAGGCGCGAGCUGGCUAAACUGGGCAUCAGCCACAUCCUCAACUGUGCGCAGAGCAAGUGGCGCAGCGGUGCCGAGUACUACGCCGGCAUGAACAUCACCUACCAGGGCAUCGAGGCCCACGACUCCCCCUCCUUCGACAUGAGCGUCCACUUCUACCCCUCGGCUGAGUUCAUCCACAAGGCGCUGUGUGGCGGAGGCACGGUGCUGGUGCACUGCGCGGUGGGCGUGAGCCGCUCGGCCAGCCUGGUGCUGGCCUACCUGAUGAUCCGCCAGAACCUGACCCUGGUGGAGGCCAUCCGCACGGUGAAGGACCACCGCGGCGUCACCCCCAACCGGGGCUUCCUCCGGCAGCUCAGUGGCCUGGACGGCAUCCUGCGUGAGAGCCGCAGGACCUCGCCGUAGACCCCGGGGAACCCCCCCCCCACCCAUCUUCAUCGGGAUCCAAAAAGACAAUGUCAGUAUAUCCGAAUGGGACCCCCGAACCCUGGGACCCCUGAACCCUGGGACCCCCUCCGACCGCCGUACACUGGGAGCACCCUGGAUUUGGGGAUCCUUUGGUUUUAAGGAUCCCCAAUUUUGGUGUGUUUUGUGUUCCACUUUCUUGAACCCUUUCUGCGUGUUCUGCCCCACUCCCGACUAGAUCCCGAUUCAUUUUGGGGUCCCGACCUUUUAAGUCAUUCUGCAGUCUGGAAUAUAUCGACACACGUUCUCAUCUUCUGAAAAACACAUGAAACAUGAGGUCGAAACAUAUUGGUAAUCUGAGCAAUUACAAAUAUUUUGUCCACAAACUAGGAGAAAACGUUUUUGUUAUCGUUUGUACGAUGUCAAAAACAUUUCAUGUUUGCUUUUUAUUGAUGAGUUCAAAUCGACUUUUAGAUUUACUUCAGGUAGCCCUCCAGAGGGCCAAUCAGAUGUCUCGGGGGGGCAUGUGCCACCCCAGGCCCCCUCCCUUGACAAGCCCCUGCCAAAGACCCCUCUGUCCUUCCUGGAAGAAAAGUCUCAGUCUCACCGAAGGCUGGUACAAGCCGACAGGAAAGAUCUUAUCUGCUCUGUUCUGCUUCCAGAACCAGGUUCCUUCAUCCCAAACCAUGCCAGGAGUUUGAAUUCCAUCUUGAUUCCAGAGAAGUGAGGUAGCAAAAGGUUUUGGUGUUGAAUGCAAUGGCAUGCAAUUCCCUUUACCUGUUAGUUAUGUCUCAGAGACGAUGCCUAUCUAGGAAUCUAACUCAAUGCGGUAAGAUACUAACAAUUCAUCUAUUAAUUGGUGUAAGCAUUGGUGCAACUACAAAUACGUAAGUAUUCAAACAAGUGUAUAGGCUUCAACCCUUUCCUUUGGUUCAUAUGCUCACGUUUCAUUAUAACUUUCAGAGCAGUAUAGCUUUCACUUUAAUUUGACUCAUAAUCUGUCCACAAUACCUACUUAACUAAUUGUUUUACUGUUGCACGUUAAUUGUAUUUGUAUUUUUAUUUAUUCAUUCAAUUCACUUCCAUCCUUUACCUUUUCAGAAUUGGUGGAGGCAAACCUUGGGCUACUUUAUGCUUACAGGAGCCUCUAGUGGACAACGGUGAUCACUAGCACAUUAUUUUAGUACAUUAUACCAUUAUUCAGAUGACCCCAGAUCGUGUCUGUUUACAAGAACACCGUACAAUGACUGUUAGCCCUUUCAGAAAACAUUUGAAAGUGAUCAUGUCGUGUUUUACUAGCACAUCAAUAGUUUGAAGCAGAGCUACAGGUAAGAACGCUGCCACACAUUACCAGUAAAAAGCUACAAACUGCCUGGGUAACGGACCAAUCCUCAUGAUAAAGGAUAUAACUUCAGGUUUUACGGUUUGAUUAUGCUACAAAACGAGUCUUAAUAUUGUUGAAUGUUUUAUCUAGUUUGUGCAGAUAACACUAAUAAUUCCAAGACAAUGAAAAUUUGAUUAUCUGAUGCUGAUGCGGUCCAAAUCAUGUUGAAAUUCUGUUUUAUUAAUGAAUAAUUAUGUCCACAACAAUGUUUGACCUUGAACGGUUUUGUGGUCUGUGUUGUUUGAGUCCAGCUGUGUUACAGCGUUUAUCGCAUCUGGGUGACAAAUGUGCUGUUGAAGUGAUUUAUUUAUUUAAUUUUGUAAAAAAUGUAACUGACGGCAUUAAAGCUUGGAGAAAUAGAAUGAAUUCUCGAGGAAUUACUACGUAUAGUUUAGUAUCUUAUUAGCUGUCUACGCUGACAUUUUUCAACAUGGUGACUGAAAGUGUAUUUAAAAAGGCAUUAUUUGUUGUCCUUGAGCAUGAAUCCUAAUUUUGUUGUAGCUUUGAUAUCGAUGCAUAGGAAUCCAACUUUAUAUUCGUUGUCAGUCGUUGGCUAUGGAUUCCUAUUCAAAUCUGUCAUUUGAUGUGAUAGCUUGGUUGUAUUGGUCUGCACUUUUGUAUUUGUCUUUUUUAUACACUGAAUGGUUGCUCCCAAUUACUGUUUAUAUUCUUGUACUUUUAAUUUUCCUACAGACAAAACGUUUUAUUGGAUUUAUUUAUGGUCUUUUUUUUUAUUUUUCUACAACUCAGAGAUGAAUUUGAAAAGUUGCAUUGCAAUGGAAGUAUUUAUGCCUUAAUCCAUAUAUGUAUCUGUGAUUAUUUAUGUGGUGGUGUUCCUUGUCUUAUUUUAUUUUGUGUAAUGUUGACUAUUGAGAUUAUUGUUUUGAUAAAUUAUGUACUGUCCAAAAUUCCAAAAAUAAAUUAAUACAAAAGUCUUGUGAAAUGGAC